GGAGGCAGCCAGGAGCCUACACUGCGGAGGAGCGCGCCGUGAUCCUAGGCUGUGCCCAGGCUAGGCUGUUGCUCCCCAGGCGGCUCCAAGCGCCUCGCAGCCCUAAAGCGAGCGGCAGCCUCUACUCGCCCGGUCAAAGAUGCCCCACCGCAGCCUGCGCGCGGCCGUAGUCCUCCUGUUGGUGAUCCUAAAGGAGCAGCCUUCCAGCUCUGCACCGGUCAACGGAUCCAAGUGGACCUAUGUUGGUCCUGCUGGGGAAAAGAACUGGUCCAAGAAGUACCCAUCGUGUGGGGGCCUCCUCCAGUCCCCGAUAGACCUACACAGCGACAUCCUCCAGUACGAUGCCAGCCUCGCACCCCUACAGUUCCAAGGUUACAAUGUAUCUGCUGAAAAGCUGUUGAACUUGACCAAUGAUGGCCAUUCAGUGAGACUGAACCUGAACUCCGACAUGUACAUCCAGGGCCUCCAGCCCCACCAAUACAGGGCGGAGCAGCUGCACUUGCACUGGGGGAACCGCAAUGACCCCCAUGGUUCUGAACAUACCGUGAGUGGGAAGCACUUUGCCGCCGAGCUGCACAUUGUCCAUUAUAACUCAGACCUGUACCCCAACUUCAGCGCCGCCAGUGACAAGUCAGAAGGUCUCGCUGUCCUUGCUGUUCUCAUUGAGAUAGGCUCCAUCAACCCAUCAUAUGACAAGAUCUUCCGUCAUCUGCAACAUGUUAAGUACAAAGGCCAACAAGCUCUCAUCCCAGGCUUCAACAUUGAAGAACUUCUGCCUGAGAGCCCCGGCGAGUACUACCGCUAUGAAGGGUCCCUGACUACACCUCCUUGCUACCCUACCGUGCUCUGGACAGUUUUCCGAAACCCUGUGCAGAUUUCCCAGGAUCAGCUGCUGGCUUUGGAGACAGCUCUGUAUUUCACACACGUGGACGAUCCUUCCCCCAGAGAAAUGGUCAACAACUUCCGGCAGGUCCAGAAGUUUGAUGAGAGGCUGGUGUAUAUCUCCUUCCGACAAGUAGGACUCCUUACCGACACAGGACUGAGUUUGGGCAUCAUCCUUUCCGUGGUCCUGGCUGGUAUCCUUGGCAUCUCCAUUGUCCUGGCAGUGUCUGUUUGGCUCUUCAGAAGGAAGAAGAGCAGAAAAGGUGACAACAAGGGAGUCAUUUAUAAGCCAGCCAUCAAGAAGGAGACUGAGGCCCACGCCUGAGGUCCCUGGCACCCUCAGACAUCCAAGGAAGGACCUUGCUUUGGACACUACAUACUUUGGCUCUCUGGACACUUGAAAUACCUCAAGGUGUUCUCUCGAGCCCAACUGUAACCCCUUCCCCAGACUCUUGUGAGGCUUCCAGUUGGUCCUCCCCUGUUCUGCUGUCACAACCACCCCAGGGUGACCAGUGAGUGGGAUGAACUGAUCUAGGGGGCAGGAGCUUUCAGUGGAUUUCUCUAGCUGCGUGAGAUGACUGAAGAUUUAGGAUUCUGGGUCACAAACCGAACCUGCUGGUGGACUAUUAGGGUUUGGAAACCACUUCCAUCCUAGGUUAAUCUUGAUAUGUCCCCAGUGCCAUGGACAUUCCAGUUAUUCUCUGACCUUCCAGACCAGAGUGUGUGUCCUUUGCUCAGGUGACGCUUUUGAAACUCAGCUUCCUUCCUCAGCGAGGAACUGUCUUCCUUGGAUUUUCUUCUGCCCUGACAGACCCUCCAGCCUGACCUCAUGCCUAUGGAGAAUUGCGACAGGAAGCAUCAGAUGAUCAGAAAAAAAGAAAAACUAUAAUAUACUAGGGCAUUUCCACAGUCCUGUCUUUUGGGCUAGAGACACUGACCAAACCUUACAGCCAUGUAGGCUCAAGUCCUGUUUCUUAGUGGGGAUAAGAGGGAGACAGGGAAAGGGGAAAUGGAGGCAAUGGGAAGGCAUACAUUGUCCGGGAGUCUUCCUUUGGAGUCAGAACUGGAAUCAAGAGACAGUGGAAAAGAAACUGAGUCUAAGUUACCGCCUACUUAGCCUCAGGAGGGCAGUUGUGUUUCAUACUCUACUCCAUUGCUGGAAAAAUGAGUUGCGUUCUCUCUCCUGGAGUAGAUGUGAUUUAUGAAUGAUCUGCUCUGCUUUGCACCCAUGGGAAACAGACAGAAGCAAGACUACUGUGCAGCUUUGUCUCUUUUGCCCAAAUAUCAGUUCAACCUUGUCUGAUAUCCCUUCUGCCAACUCAGUGUCAGGACUGUCUACUCCUCUGGCCGUGGAGAAGUCUAAACGAUGUUUAGUCAAAAUGUAUUUUCAUACUAUCAAAGCAAGAAGCUAGCUGCACAGAGCCAAACCAGGUCCUGGUAUUUAAGUACCAAAACCAAUGGAAUGUUCCCAAGAUUCUCCCUGUUCUUCCCCCUCAGUCACACAGUUUCUUAGAAUACUUAAUUCCUUCUUCAUGUUCCUCCCACAGAGGUGAGAACUCUGUGGAGUGCAGUCAGCUCCACGGCUCUACAGGAGCCUCGGCCACCAGCCCCGAAUUCCUAGUUCCUUGCAGUUCUCUGAUUUAGUCUCAUUUUGACAGCAUGGAAUGUCCUCUUGAAGCACAAGGUUUUUUGUUUUUGUUUUGUUUUUAUAUCUUUUUCCUUCUACUCCUUCCUCUGAUUUGAUAAAAAAUCUUUCUCUACCAUUACAACUUUUCACAGUGGCCAGCCCCAUGUCUUUGUAACAUAAUUCACUGGGCGAGGUUAUAGGUGAUCCAAUGGGGGCUUGGCUGUGUGUGUGUGUGUGUGUGUGUGUGUGUGUGUGUG